CCCUGUUUCGCGUGUUUCGGCUGGCGGUUGCAGCUCGAAUGAGCCGAGCAGCGCCGGGUCGUCCAAGACGAGGUGAUGACCCAGUUGGCGCUACAGCGGGGCAAUGCGGUGAACCUGCGGUUACAGGCAAGCAAGCCGGUCUUUAGCAAACAUAGUAUUGACCCCGACAAGAUCGCCGUUGCGUUGAACAAUGGCAAGAAGGAGGAGGUGGUGCCGGUCCUGCGGCACCUCUGCUCAGCGGGGAAGGCCACCAUCGAGUCGCUGCAGGUCGUUGAAUGCAUCGGGCGGCUCUUGAGGCACCGCGACAGCUCCGUGGCCGCGCUGGCGGCUCGAGCCAUGGCUGUGGCGCAGGUCUCUGGACAGCGCUAUGAGGAGGCGUUGCUGCACCUGCUGCAGAUGGAUGAGAAUUGCGUGUUGGCAGCGCUGGAUGCUCUGGGCAAGAUGGGCUCAAACAUCCAGCCCACCCGAAAGGCGCUGGUGGUUCGCCAGGUGGCCCAAUGCCUCAGCGGCCGCAGCGUGCCCGUGCGCUGUGCAGCCUUGAGAACGCUCGCGGAGCUGAAAGCCACGCGACAAGCGUUGCAGCUGCACGACCUUUUGCAGACCGAGCAGGUGCCCGAAGUCGUGGGCGCCUUGGUGGAGGUUCUGGCGCAGCUGAGUGCGCUGACGCGUGAAGCGGAGAGUUGCUUCCCAGAGGAUUUUCGAGAACAGAAGCUGGGUGAGAUGCUUGCGACACCUCGCUUGGCAUAUUCUGCCUUGAAAGCUAUGGCUUUCCUGGGCCCCAAGGCCCCGGCGAAGCUGCUGCCGAAGGUGACUGAGCGCCUGGCAGAUGCGGAUGUGAGCACUCGCUAUGCUGCCGCCCUGGCCUUGGGCGGCAUGGCGGAGACGGUCGCGGCUUCCAAAGAGACGAUCGACCAGCUCGUGGCCAUGUUGAAAUCCUCAGAUGUCGGCCAACGAGCGGCUUGCUGUGUGGCCUUGGCGCAGAUGGGCAGCGAGGCGAAGCUCAGUGCCGAGUUGGUGGCCACCUUGGUCAGUGAUAUGGAGGAGGCGCCGAAGCCGCAGCUAAGCAGCGCGGGGCAGCGGGUGCCCGCGGAGAUGGCUAUGCCGCGCUGUGCGGCUAUCAUGGCCCUGGGUGCCAUGGGCGCCAGAGGUAGUGCCAAAGCAGUGGCGCAGGGCCUGUUGGAUGGGCAUUGGCAGGUGCGUCUUGCCGCGGCUGAAGCAAUGGCGAAGCUGGGUGAGGCGGCCAGCGAGUACCUUCCAGCGCUGAUCGGAGCACUGCGGGACGACUUCUAUCUGGUACGUGCCGCGGCCUGCGGGGCCUUGGGCGCGCUGCGGAUGCCGGAGGCGCUUCCAGGCUUAGCACAAGCCUUUGAAGAUCCCUCAGCGCCCGUGAGGUGCGCUGCCUUGACGGCCGCAGCCGACUUGGUCAGAGGUGCCGAGGAGUAUUGCCAUGAAGUCUUCAAGGCAAUCACUGAUCAAGAGGCAGAGGUGCGUGCCGCAGCUGUCUGGUGCCUCGCAAGACAUGAAAGCUUAGCGGAGUGCUAUGUGGGCGUAGUCGCCACUCAGCUGAUGGACCCGAGCCCCGAGGUGCGCGCAGCCGCGGUGAGCGGUCUGGGCGUCAUGGGUGGUGCAGCGCGAGGCUUCCAAGACGAGGUGAGUUUCAUGAUGAACGAUCCCAGCGACAUGGUGCGCCAGGCUGCUGCGGGUGCUCUGGAACAGCUGGGUCUGCGGGAGCCUCUUGCGCCCAUCAAGCCGCUGGCGGCCCGCUCGCCGGCGGUCAUCAAGGCGGUCCUGCAGCCGCCACCGGACAACAAGGAUCCGGUGGAAGGGCUGGGUCAAUAUUAUAAGAGUGUCAUGAUGAAAAAGUCGGAGCUGGUCAAAUGCGGCAAGUGGAUCGACGACGAUAUCUUUUAGGUUUAGCUUCGAUUUGUGUGUCUCACCGCCCCUUGCUGAGCUCGGCCGUAGGGAAAAAAACAACAGCAACAGCAAGACUGGAAACUCAGAACGCGCGAUAGUCGCUGUAUGUG